CGCAGGCGCGCUCCUCUGGUCCAAGCCGACACCACCUCGCUGCCCUGGACCGACCGCUAGUGCUCAGGAGCAGCUCUUCCACAACCUGAGGAUCGAGGUUGAGGAAGGAAUGAUGUCUGGGAGCCCGAUGGCCAGGAGUGCCGCAUCAGUGACCUUCAGGGACGUGGCUGUGGACUUCAGCCGGGAGGAGUGGAGCCGCCUGGAUGCUGCCCAGAGGGCCCUAUACAGGGACGUGAUGUGGGAGACCUACGAGAACCUGGUCUCCACAGGGAUUCCUGUUUCCAGACUGGAUGUGAUCUCCCUGUUGGCGAAACAAGAGGCGCAGUGGACACCGGAAGAAGUCCCCGGGUGGACCUCGCCAGAUUCCUUUAGUGAGGAGACCAGAUUUGAACCCAAAGCUUCAAGUUUGAUGCAGGCUAUUUGCCUGGGAGCAUCAUUCAAGAAAAGACUGACAAAGAAUUCAGUAGCCUGGCAUUCCAAGAUGAGAGAACCUGGGGCGUGUAAUGUUAAUUUAGCAAAACAAGACAACCAGGAGAGACAAUCCAGAAAAAUGACAAUCACUUCGAGAACAACUUUUAAUAAUGUGAAUGUACCUCACCAUGAUACAUUUGGGGAAAGUUUCAGUCUAGGGUCAAAUUUUGUUGCCCCAUGGAGAACUAUGGGGAAAGGUCUCCAUAAAUACAAGACACCUAGAAGACGCUUCAGGGGUUUUCCUUAUUUAAUUACAAGUAAUAGAUUCUUCUUCCAGAAGGACCUCUGUAAGUAUACCAAUUGCAAGAAGCCCUUCAAUUACCAUUCAGACUUAAUUAAAUUUCAUAAAAUGCAUUCUGGAGGAAGGCUACAUGAACCCAAUGAAUGUGAAAAAGCAUUUGGCAAAAGAUCAAAUCAUAUUGGAUGUCAGAGAGUUCAUAAUGAAGAGAAACAUUACACAUGUAAUAAAUAUGGGAAAUUCUUCAGAGACAGAAAAGGCUUGAUUAAACAUAAUGUCAUUCAUAUUAGAAAGAAAUCUUUUGCACAUAAUCAAAGUGAGAAAGCCAUCAGUGAAAAGGGACAGGUUAAUAUACCACAGAAAACUCAUAAUGAAGAACAGCUCUUUAAAUGUAAUGAAUGUGGGAAAGCUUUCAACCAGAGGGGAAACCUAAUUAGUCAUCGGAGUGCUCAUACUAGAAAGAAACCCUUUGCUUGUAGUACAUGUGGAAAAACUUUUAGCCACAGGGGAAGCCUAAUGAGUCAUCAAAGUGUCCAUGUUGUAGACAAACCUUUUGCAUGUAGUACAUGUGGAAAGGUCUUUGGCCAAAUGAGGCACCUUAUGAUACAUAGGAGAAAUCAUAGUGGAAGGAAACCCUUUGUCUGUAGUGAAUGUGGAAAAGCCUUCAUCAGGAGAGGGCACCUUAUUACACAUCAGAGAAUCCAUACUGGAGAAAAACCCUUUGCCUGUAAUGAAUGUGGGAAAAAGUUCAGUGAGAGGAGAAAUCUUAUUACCCAUCAGCGAAUUCAUACUGGAGAAAAGCCUUUUGCUUGUAAUGAAUGUGGAACAGGCUUCCGACAAAGAAUAAGCCUCAUUAUACAUCAGAGAACUCAUACUGGUGAGAAACCUUUUUCAUGUAAUGAAUGUGGGAAAGGCUUCAGACAGAGUGGACACCUUACUACACAUCAGAGAAUUCAUACUGGACAGAAACCCUUUAAAUGCAGUGAGUGUGAGAAAACCUUCAGUGAGAGGAGAACCCUUAUUACCCAUCAGAGAAUUCAUACUGGAGAGAAACCCUUUACAUGUAAUGAAUGUGGGAAAACCUUUACCCAAAGGGCAAGCCUUAUUACUCAUCAGAAAACUCAUACAGGAGCCAAGCACUUUGAAUGUAAUGAAUGUGGGAAAGCUUUCUUCAGGAGGGGACACCUUAUUACCCAUCAAAGAAUUCAUACUGGAGAGAAACCCUUUGCAUGUAAUGAAUGUGGGAAAACUUUCCGUGAGAGAAGAAACCUUAUUACCCAUCAAAGAACACAUACUGGAGAGAAACCUUUUACAUGUAAUGAAUGUGAGAAAACCUUUACCCAAAGGGCAAGCCUUAUUAGCCAUCAGAGAAGUCAUACUGGAGAGAAACCCUUUGCAUGUAAUGAAUGUGGGAAGACUUUCAGUGAGAGGAGAAACCUUAUUACCCAUCAAAGAGCUCAUACUGGUGAGAAACCCUUUACAUGUAAUGAAUGUGAGAAAACCUUUACUCAAAGGGCAAGCCUUAUUACCCAUCAGAGAACUCAUACUGGAGAGAAACUCUUUCCAUGUAAUGAAUGUGGGAAAUCAUUUACCCAAAAGGCAAGCCUUAUUACUCAUCAGAAAACUCAUACUGGAAAGAAACCCUUUGCAUGUAAUGAAUGUGGGAAAUCAUUUACUCGAAGAGCAAACCUUAUCAUCCACCAGAGGACCCAUACCAGAGGAAAACCUUUUGAAUGUAAUGAAUGUGAAAAAAGCUUCAGCCAGAGGAAACAUCUUAUUGUUCAUCAGAAAACUCAUAGUGGCAUGAAACCCUUUGAAUGUAAUGAAUGUUGGAAAACUUUCAAUAAGAGGGGACAUCUUAUUCGACAUCAGAGAACUCAUACUGGAGUCAAACCUUUUGAAUGUCAUGUAUGUGGGAAAGGCUUCAGCCAAAGGGGAAACCUUAUUAGCCACCAGAGAACUCAUACUGGAGAGAAACCCUUUGCCUGCAGUGAAUGUGGAAGAGCCUUUAGUCGGAGGACACAUCUCAUUUAUCAUCAGAGAAAUCACACUGGAGUGAAACCCUUUGAAUGUAAUGAAUGUGGGAAAGGCUUCAUCCAGAUGGGGAGUCUUAAUAGACAUCAGAGAACUCAUACUGGAGAGAAACCCUUUGAAUGUAAUGAAUGUGGGAAAGCCUUCCGAGAGAAGGGAUGCCUUAAGAGACAUCAGAGGAUUCAUAGUGGAGUGAAACCCUUUGAAUGUAAUGAAUGUGGCAAAACCUUCAGUAAACUAGAAACCCUUAUUAGCCAUCAGAGAACUCAUACUGGAAUAAAACCCUUUGAAUGUAAUGAAUGUGGGAAAGCCUUCCAAGAAAGGGGAUGCCUUAAUAGACAUCAGCGAACUCAUACUGGAGUGAAACCAUUUGAAUGUAAUGACUGUGGAAAAGCUUUCCAGGAGAGAGGAUGCCUUAAUAGACAUCAAAGAACUCAUACUGGACUAAAACCCUUCACAUGUGAUGAAUGUGGAAAAGCUUUCCGAGAGCGGGGAUGCCUUAAUAGACAUCAGAGAACUCAUACUGGAGUGAAAUCAUUUACAUGUAAUGAAUGUGGGAAAGCAUUCAGUGAGAAGGGAAAGCUGAUUAGACAUCAGAGAACUCACACUGGAGAAAAAACAUUUGGAUGUAAUGAAUGUGGGAAAAACUUCAGCCGGAGAGCAAAUCUUAUUAGACAUCAAAGAACUCAUACUGGAGAGAAGCCCCUUGCAUGCAAGGCAUAUGAAAAAGCCAUUAGUGAGAGUGCACGCUUCAUUUAUCAUCAAAGAAUUCAUACUGGAGAGAAAUCCUUUGACUGUGAUGAAUUUGGGAAUGUCUUUAGCCAGCAUGCAUAACUUAUUAUCUAUCAGAAAACUCAUCUUUAAGUGAAACUUUUUGAAGGGAGGGAGGGCUUUAGCAAGAAGGGAUACCUUAUUUAACAACACAAAAUUCAUACUGGAAUGAACCUUUUUUAACAUCUUCAUUUAGAACAGUAGGCGAAAGUAAAUGCCCCUUAAGAGGAAGCUGGUAGCUAAGUGGAUAGAGCACUGGACCUGAGUUUAAAUCCAGCACACUUCCUGUGUGACCCUGGGCA